UCUGGAGUGCACAAGCUUGAAGUUCGCGUCUGAAGAGCUCAUUGGAAAGGAAGAGUUUUAUUGCAGGUGAGACACGUUUAACGGCGCUUCAGGAGUCGCACAGCAGGGACCAAUGGGAGUGUGGAAGCUGGCCAAGGUGGUGCUCGGAUGGGCCGCGAUCUGGUGGGCCACGGUCCAUUCGGCGCAGGCGCAAGGAGAUGGAGACAUCCAGGCCAGUCGAUUCACUGGAAAACCUGAGGGGGAGGUGCAACAGAGGGUCCGUCGGAGAGGCCAGGAGUCCCUCAGGGGGCCCAACGUAUGUGGUUCCCGCUUCCACUCCUAUUGUUGUCCAGGGUGGAAAACGCUUCCCGGUGGGAACCAGUGUAUAGUUCCGAUCUGUAGGAACUCGUGUGGGGACGGCUUUUGCUCGAGGCCCAACAUGUGUACCUGCUCCAGUGGUCAUCUUGCCCCUAGCUGUGGUGCGGCCGCCGUCCAGUCCUGCAGCGUCAGAUGCAUGAAUGGAGGGGUCUGUAAUGAAGAUGCCUGCUCAUGUCAGAAGGGCUACACAGGAAGUCACUGUGGACAGCCUGUGUGUGAGAGCGGAUGUCAAAAUGGCGGGCGUUGUAUUGGACCCAACAGAUGUGCUUGUGUCUACGGUUUUACUGGGCCGCAGUGCGAGAGAGACUACAGGACUGGGCCAUGCUUCACACAAGUCAACAACCAGAUGUGCCAAGGUCAGCUGAGCGGCAUCGUUUGCACCAAGACGUUGUGUUGCGCCACCAUCGGGCGAGCGUGGGGUCACCCAUGCGAGAUGUGCCCUGCCCAACCCCACCCUUGCCGAAGAGGUUUCAUCCCCAACAUCCGCACCGGUGCUUGCCAAGACGUGGACGAGUGUCAGGCCGUCCCAGGACUGUGUGCUGGAGGAAACUGCAUUAACACAGUGGGCUCCUAUGAGUGCAAAUGUCCCGCGGGUCACCGGCAAAGUGAGACCAACCAGAAGUGCGAAGAUAUUGACGAAUGCACAACCAUUUCGGGAGCGUGUGACGGCGGGGAAUGUACCAACACCGCCGGCAGCUACGUGUGCACCUGUCCGCGGGGAUACGUUACCAGCACAGACGGCUCCAGAUGUGUCGAUCAUCGGGUCGGUACGUGUUUCUCGUCUUUAGCGAAUGGCCGAUGCGCGAGCGAACUGUCCGGUCAGUACACAAAGAUGCAGUGCUGCUGCGACUCGGGCCGCUGCUGGGCACUCGGACACAUUCCAGAGAUGUGCCCCGUCAGAGGAUCCGAUGAAUACAGGCGACUGUGCAUCCAGAGGCUUCCGUUUGCCACCGGUAACGGCGGCGGCAUCAUCCACGACGGCAACGGCGGUCUGAACAUCGGCAGCUACGGCAAAGGUCCCUCGCUGAACGGAAACGGCGGCGGCUACAUUUACGGCGGCGAGCACACCAUCGUAAACGGCAAUGGAGGCAACGGCAGCCCGAAGAUUCAGAUCAGCCAGCUGAACGAGACUACGAUCGACGUGUGCAAGCAUUUCACCAACCUGUGCCUGAACGGCCGCUGCAUUCCCACGCCCACCAGCUACCGCUGCGAAUGCAAUAUGGGAUACCGGCAGGACGUGCGCGGGGAGUGCAUCGAUGUGGACGAGUGCGUCAGUAACCCGUGUGUGAACGGAGACUGUGUCAACACACAAGGAUCGUAUCACUGCAAAUGUCACGAGGGAUAUCAGGGAACUCCCACCAAACAGGCCUGCAUUGACAUUGACGAGUGUAUCGUAAACGGCGUUAUGUGCCGUAACGGACGCUGCGUGAACACGGAUGGAAGUUUCCAGUGCAUCUGUAAUGCUGGCUUUGAAAUCAGUCCUGACGGGAAGAACUGCGUCGAUCAUGAUGAAUGUGCCACCACCAACAUGUGCCUCAACGGCAUGUGCAUAAAUGAAGACGGAAGCUUCAAGUGUAUCUGCAAACCUGGAUUUGCGUUGGCGCCCAAUGGACGCUACUGCACUGACAUUGACGAAUGCCAGACCUCAGGCAUCUGUAUGAAUGGACGCUGCGUGAACACCGAAGGCUCUUUCCGCUGCGAGUGCCCGCCAGGACUAGCCAUAGACGUGGACGGCCGCGUCUGCGUGGACACCCACAUGCGCACCACCUGCUACGGCGCAAUAAAGAUGGGCACGUGUUCGCGUCCAUUCCCCGGGGCAGUGACGAAGUCGGAAUGCUGCUGCGCCAACCCUGAACAUGGCUUCGGAGAACCCUGCCAACCCUGCCCGGCGUUCAACUCUGCCGAGUUUCAGGCGGUGUGCAGCAGUGGACCUGGAAUCACCACAGACGGGCGAGACAUCAACGAAUGCGCUUUGGAUCCAGACAUCUGUCAAAACGGGAUCUGCGAGAACUUGCGCGGGAGCUACCGUUGCAUCUGCAACAUCGGCUACGAGUCCGACACUAGCGGCAAGAAUUGCGUGGACAUUAACGAAUGUUUGGUGAAUCGGUUACUGUGCGACAAUGGCAUGUGUAGAAACACACCCGGAAGUUACACUUGCUCUUGCCCCAAAGGAUUCUCCUUCAAAGCUGACUCUGAGACUUGCGAAGACAUCAACGAAUGCGACUCCAACCCCUGCAUCAAUGGUGUGUGCCGCAACGUAGCCGGUUCCUUCAACUGUGAAUGUUCCCACGGCAGCAAGUUGGACUCUACCAACACCAUCUGCGUAGACAGCAUGAAAGGAACCUGCUGGCUAAACAUCCAGGACAGCCGCUGUGAGGUGAAUAUAAACGGGGCCACGCUGAAGUCCGAGUGCUGCUCUACGCUGGGGGCGGCCUGGGGAAGCCCAUGUGAACGCUGCAAAAUUGAUCCAGCCUGUUCGAAAGGUUUCGCUCGCAUGAAGGGACUUGUGUGUGAAGAUAUUAAUGAGUGCGAGGUGUUUCCCGGCGUGUGCACAAACGGACGCUGUGUGAACACGCAGGGCUCGUUCCGAUGCGAGUGUCCGGAGGGACUUACACUGGACGGAGCCGGACGAACAUGUGUUGACAUCCGAAGCGAGCAGUGCUAUAUGAAAUGGGACGAGGACGAGUGCGUGGAGCCGUUACCGGGCCGGUAUCGCGUGGAUAUGUGCUGCUGUACGGUGGGAGCGGCAUGGGGUGUGGACUGUGAGGCCUGUCCCAAAUUAAACACACCCGAAUUCAAGACCAUCUGCCCGCGGGGACCUGGAAUUGCCAACCGAGGAGACAUCUUGACGGGACGACCCUUCUACAAAGAUGUGAACGAAUGUAAGGUCUUCAAAGGCCUGUGCACUCACGGGACGUGCCGAAACACCAUCGGGAGCUUCAAAUGCCGUUGCGAAAGUGGCUUCGCCCUCACCAUGGAGGAGAGGAACUGCACAGAUAUCGACGAGUGCACCAUCUCUCCGGACCUGUGCGGACACGGCGUCUGCGUCAACACGCCCGGCAGCUUCGAGUGCGAGUGUUUCGAGGGCUACGAGAGCGGCUUCAUGAUGAUGAAGAACUGCAUGGACAUCGACGAGUGCGAGCGCGACCCCCUGCUGUGCCGCGGCGGGACGUGUCUGAACACCGAGGGCAGUUAUGAGUGCGACUGUCCUCCGGGUCACCAGCUGAUCGCAGAAGCUUCUGCCUGUGAAGAUGUGAACGAGUGUCAGCUGAGUGAUAACCUGUGCAGGAACGGUCAGUGUGUGAAUAUGGUGGGCACCUAUCAGUGCUCCUGCGACACGGGAUACCAGGUGACGCCCGACAGACAGGGCUGCGUGGACAUCGACGAGUGCACCAUCAUGAACGGCGGCUGCGAUACUCACUGUACGAACUCGGAGGGAAGUUACGAAUGCAGCUGCAGCGAAGGUUACGCGCUCAUGCCCGACCUCAGGACCUGCGCCGACAUCGACGAGUGUGAAGACACGCCGGACAUCUGCGACGGCGGCCAGUGUACGAACAUCCCCGGAGAAUAUCGCUGCCUCUGCUACGACGGCUUCAUGGCCUCCAUGGACAUGCGCACCUGCAUCGAUGUCAACGAAUGCGAUCUGAAUCCCAACAUCUGUCUGCACGGCGACUGUGAAAACACUAAAGGCUCCUUCAUCUGCCACUGUCAGCUGGGAUACUUCGUCAAGAAGGGCUCCACCGGAUGCACAGAUAUCGACGAGUGUGAGGUCGGCGCUCAUAACUGUGACAUGCACGCCUCCUGCGUCAACGUCCCGGGGAGCUUCAAGUGCCGCUGCCGCGACGGCUGGGAGGGCGACGGGAUCAAGUGCGUCGACAUCGACGAAUGCGUGACGGAGGAACACAACUGUAACCCGAACGCCGAGUGCAUGAACACGCCGGGAUCGUACCGCUGCGCCUGUAAGGAGGGAUUCAACGGCGACGGAUUCUCCUGCUCCGACAUGGACGAGUGCGCUGAUAACGUGAAUCUGUGUGAGAACGGUCAGUGUCUGAACGCGCCGGGCGGAUAUCGCUGCGAGUGUGAGAUGGGCUUCACCCCGACUGAAGACAGCAAGGCCUGCCAGGACAUCGACGAGUGUAACUUCCAGAACAUCUGCGUGUUCGGAUCGUGUCAGAACCUGCCGGGAAUGUUUCGCUGCAUCUGCGACUACGGCUACGAGCUGGACCGCAGCGGAGGAAACUGCACAGACAUUAACGAGUGUUUCGACCCUGUGAACUGCAUCAACGGCGUGUGCGUGAAUCUGCCCGGUAGCUACUUGUGCAACUGUCCGCCGGACUUCGAGCUCAACCCGUCGGGCGUGGGCUGCGUUGACACGCGAGUGGGGAACUGCUUCCUGGACACGCUGGACCGCGGCGACGGAGGAAUCUCCUGCAGCGCUGAGAUCGGGGUGGGCGUGACCCGCGCCUCCUGCUGCUGCUCGCUGGGCGGAGCCUGGGGAAACCCCUGCGAACUCUGCCCGCCCAUCAACACCUCCGAGUACAAAACGCUGUGUCCCGGAGGAGAGGGUUUCCGGCCCAAUCCCAUCACCGUCAUCCUGGAGGACAUCGACGAGUGCCAGGAGCUGCCCGGUCUGUGUCAGGGGGGAAACUGCGUCAACACCUUCGGCAGCUUCCAGUGCGAGUGUCCCGCCGGAUACUACCUCAACGAGGAGACGCGCAUCUGCGAAGAUAUUGAUGAAUGUACGGCGCACAUCGGCAUCUGCGGUCCGGGAACCUGCUACAACACGCUGGGAAACUACACCUGCGUCUGUCCGCCCGAGUACAUGCAGGUGAACGGAGGAAACAACUGCAUGGAUAUGAGAAAGAGCGUGUGCUACCGCAACUUCAACGACACCUGCGAGAACGAGCUCUCCUUCAACAUGACCAAGAAGAUGUGCUGCUGCGCCUAUAACGUGGGCAAAGCCUGGAACAGACCCUGCGAGGCCUGUCCCACACCAGCCACGUACCGCAACGAGUGUCAGGAGAUCCCGAACGUCUGCAGUCACGGCGAGUGCAUCGACACUCAGGGCAGCUUCCGCUGUCUGUGCCACAACGGCUUCAAGACCACGCCGGACCAGACCAUGUGCAUGGAUAUCGACGAGUGCGAGCGGCAGCCGUGUGGAAACGGCACCUGUAAAAACACCGUGGGCUCCUACAACUGCCUGUGCUUCCCCGGCUUCGAGCUCACGCACAACAACGACUGCAUGGAUAUCGACGAGUGCAGCGUUCACGCCAGUCAGGUGUGCAGGAACGGCCAGUGCAUCAACAGCAUGGGCUCCUUCAGGUGUCUGUGUCUGGACGGAUAUAACCUGACGCCGGAUGGCAAGAACUGCGUCGAUAUUAACGAGUGCGUGACGCUGCCGGGCGCCUGUCAGCCGGGGACCUGUCAGAAUCUGGACGGCUCGUUCCGCUGCAUCUGUCCGCCCGGAUACGAGGUGCAGAACGACAAGUGUGUGGAUAUCAACGAGUGCAACGUGGAGCCCAACAUCUGUCAGUUCGGCACGUGUAAAAACACGCCGGGCAGCUUCCAGUGCCUCUGUCAGCCCGGGUUCGUGCUGUCCGACAACGGCCGCCGCUGCUUCGACACGCGCGAGAGCUUCUGCUUCACGCGGUUUGAAGCGGGCAAAUGCUCCGUCCCCAAACCGCUCAACACCACCAAAGCCAAGUGCUGCUGCAGCCUGCUGCCGGGCGAGGGAUGGGGCGACCCCUGCGAACUGUGUCCGCGCGAGACCGAGGAUAACGGCCUGUGCAUCAACACCGACGGCUCGUUCCGCUGCGAGUGUCCCUUCGGGUACAACCUCGACUACACCGGCAUCAACUGCGUGGAUACGGACGAGUGCUCGAUCGGAAACCCCUGUGGAAACGGCACGUGCUCAAACGUUCCUGGUGGCUUUGAGUGUUCCUGUCAGGAGGGAUUCGAACCCGGACCCAUGAUGACCUGUGAAGACAUUAACGAGUGCGCGGUGAACCCGCUGCUCUGCGCUUUCCGCUGCGUCAACACCUUCGGCUCGUACGAGUGCAUGUGUCCGACGGGAUACGUGCUGCGUGAUGACAACCGGAUGUGCCGAGACCAGGACGAGUGCGCGGAGGGGCUGGACGAGCUCAAGAAAUAUCUGAACGAAUGCCGCAGCAAGCCGGGGAUCUGCAAGAAUGGCCGCUGCGUCAACACCGUGGGCAGCUACCGCUGCGAAUGUAACGAGGGUUUCGAGCCGAGCUCCACGCGCACAGAGUGCAUCGACAUCAACGAGUGUGAGGUGAUGCCUAACCUGUGUAAGAACGGCCAGUGCAUCAACAGCGUCGGCUCCUUCCGCUGCCAUUGCAACGUGGGUUACACCGAUGACUUCACUGGCACUUCCUGUGUCGAUAUGGACGAGUGCUCUCAGUCGCCCAAACCGUGUAACUUCCUGUGCAAAAACACCGAAGGCAGUUACCUGUGCUCGUGUCCCAGAGGAUACAUCCUACAGCCUGAUGGGAAGACCUGCAAAGAUUUGGACGAGUGCUCAACCAAGCAACACAACUGUCAGUUCCUGUGCUUCAACACGAUCGGUGGCUUCACCUGUAAAUGCCCCUCAGGCUUCACGCAGCACCAGACGGCAUGCAUAGACAACAACGAAUGCAGCAAUCAGCCAAACCUAUGCGGCUCCCGCGCCUCCUGCCUCAACACCCCCGGCAGCUUCAACUGCGAGUGUCAGAAGGGCUUCUCUCUGGAUGGCACGGGAAUCAACUGUGACGACGUCGAUGAAUGUGGCGGAAACCACCGGUGCCAACACGGUUGCCAGAACAUGUUGGGAGGAUAUCGUUGCGGAUGUCCGCAGGGUUACGUUCAGCACUACCAGUGGAACCAGUGUGUGGACGAGAACGAAUGUGCCGGGAACCAAGUCUGUGGGUCUGCAUCUUGCUAUAACACUCUGGGCAGCUAUAAGUGCACGUGCCCGUCAGGUUUCGACUUUGAGUCCUCUGCUGGCGGAUGCCAGGAUGUUAAUGAAUGCAACCUGAACAAUAACCCCUGCAGCUAUGGCUGCUCCAACACAGAUGGCGGAUACUUGUGCGGAUGUCCCGGAGGCUUCUACCGAGCAGGACAAGGGCACUGCAUCACAGGAGUGGGCUUCCAGGGUCAGUUUGGCUCAGAGGGAGUGGAUGACGAAGAGUCAUUGUCACCAGAGACCUGCUAUGAAUGCAAGAUCAACGGUGACCUUGGAAAGAAAGGUCGCCAUAGGCGUAAUACUGGCGAUAAUGAGCUCAAGGAGACGGUGAGCUUGGCCAGCAUGGAUGUUCAGACCUCUAUCCCCAUGAACCUCAGUCUGGCACAGCUGCAAAACAAGGAACCCCUACUUGAGUUGCUUCCAGCCCUGGAGCCGCUUGAGCACCAUGUGCGCUACGUCAUAACGCAUGGAGAGUCGAGGGUUCAAAAGGCUUAUGGUUCUCAAAAAUGA